GACAGCAGGGCCCAGGGAUGAUUCUACACUCACCUGGGAGGAAUUCAAGGAAAAAUUAUUCAGGCAUUACUUUCCAUCAGAGUUAAGGUCUGAGAAGGAAGCGGAAUUCCAUGCCUUUAAGCAAGGGAACCUCGAUGAGGACACAUUCAUUGCUAAGUUUCAGGAGUUAUCUAGAUACUCCACGUACCUGCAGUAUAGGGAUGAUUCCGAAUGGAAGGCUAAGCGCUUAUUGGAGAAGGCUAGACCAGAAUUGAGGGAACAAUUAGCUCAUCUAGAUAUCCGAGAUUAUGAUGAAAUGUGCAUAAAACUACAAGUAGUAGCUCGCAGUAAGAAGGAGGUCGAGAGAGAGAAGAGGGGUUAUUCAUAUAGUAGACCCCCAACCUACCCUCGACCCACCGGAGGCAUUAUGAAGAAAAACCAUCAGGGUUCGAGUAGCUCAUGGAACCAAGGAAGGCAGAAGGGUCCAUUUCAAAGGGGCCAAGGACAGAGGAGCUAUCAUAGUAGUUAUCACGGGUCACAGAGGAGCCCAACAGUAUCUACACCUGCCCCGAGUACAGCGAGCUCUCAACAGUGCACUAAAUGCGGGCGUCGUCAUUUCGGACAGUGUUGGGUCUGUUACAUUUGUGGGAAACCCGGUCACAUUGCAAAGUUUUGUGGGGACAACCAGGGCUCAAAUAUGAAGAACCCUUCCCAACAUCCUACUGUCUCUGGCCGUGUGUUUGCUCUUACUCAGGACACCAUGAACUCCCCAGAUGCCAUUAGAGGAGCGAGUCCGGCCGAGAAAGCACCAGAGGUGUAACUGUGGUGUAUGAGACACCAUCUUUUACGUUGCCUCUUAUUUUAGAUUAUACAAUGUAUCUUGUGCCAACUUAGGACAUAUCUUCUUUGUGAAGCAUGUAAACUCUAAUCCUUUUUAUUAAAAGUAUUUAU